AUGGCUAGUAAUGAAAUCAUGACAAAUAAAAAUUCGACAUCUGAUAUUAAAUGUAUAAUUCUUCAACAAACAUUUACUGGAAAACGUGAACUUAAAGUAACAACAAUACCAAAACCACCAGCACCAGCUGAUGAUGAAAUAUUAAUAGCUGUCAAAGCUUGUGGAGUUAGUUUUAAUGAUGUUCUUGCUCGUUAUGGUCUGUUAGAGGACAUUCCACGACCUCCAUUCGUACCCGGUUUUGAAUUUAGUGGUGAAGUACUUGAUAUUGGAACAAAUGUUACUAAUGUUGAUAGAGGUGAUCGUGUUGUAGUACUUACACAUUUUUCAGCUUGGUCUGAACAAAUUGUUGUUAAAAAAGAUUUAGUUUUUAAAAUUCCAAAAGAAAUGUCAUUUAGAGAAGCAGCUGUAUUUCCUGUUGCAUAUCUUACUGCAUAUAUACUUCUAUUUGAAAUUGGUAAUAUUAAACCAAAUCAAACAUUAUUAUUUCAUUCAGCUGGUGGGGGUGUUGGUGUUGCAUUAACUCAACUUUCAAAGCUUGUGCCUAAUCUAACAAUUAUAGCAACUGCAAGUCCGCAUAAAAUAGCUCCUGAUGGUAUUGAUUUAGUUCUUGAUUGUAUGGCAGGUGAUGAUUGUGAACGUGGUCUUGCUUUACUUAAAUUUAAUGGAAAAUAUAUCAUGUAUGGCACAUCAAGUUUACUUAGUUGGAGUGUAAAAAAUUUCUUUGGUCUUACAAAAGGAAUGUCUAAUUGGUGGCAAAAUGAUAAAAUAAGUUGUUUACGUUUAUUUCAAGAUAGCAAAUCUGUACAUGGUUUUAAUUUAAUUCAGUUACUUCUACGUGGUUCAAAUGAUACACGUAGUUAUUUAGCUGAUACAAUGCAUAAAAUAUUUCUUCUUUAUAAAGAAGGAAAAAUAAAACCAGUUGUAGAUUCUGUAUUUACAUUUGAAGAAGUAAAUAAUGCUCUUGGAAAAUUGAUUGAUCGUAAAAAUAUCGGUAAAGUAGUAAUCGAACCAUUUCUUCAAUCAAAACCAGAAAAAGUUAAAAAAUCAAAAACAAAUACAGCACAGGGACGUUCUGAAGAUGCUCAUUCAAGUUCAACAUCAGGUCCUGAUGAUGAUAAUGAUGACAAAGAUCCGGAUGAUUUUCAAACAAAUAAUCCAGCAUCUAAUCCCUGA